AUGAAUAGUACAUCUACAGUCAUAAGCGGGCGUGGGAGGGACACCCACGCCACGGCGGUGUCAGGUGGUGAUAGGGCAAGCCACCCGCCGUCGUCAACCAGCAACUGCCAGGAGCUCGGGGUAGGCAACCUGGCCCCAGCUUUGGAUACUGCAUCAGGAAGGGCACCACAGGUAAGCGCCCUGGCCUGCGGUGUAUCUACUGCGCCAGGAAGGGUAGUAAAGGAAGAAAUCCACUUGGAAAAGUGGCAAAGGGCUGCCAGGGCCAUUGAGAGCACGCAGCGCCCCGGUACGAUGUCACCUAUCCUGUUGAGAAUGCACAAAUAUGCGAGGUCCCUGACCUACUCCUCAGUGGAAGAGGAAUUAAGGGUAGACUUGGCCGGGUUGAAUAACCAAGGACCGGCAAAGGCCCCGGAAUCUGGUAUGGAGACUGACAGACUACUGGAACGCGCUAGGAACUUAAUCCUAGAAGCUGAAAACGGGAGGAGAAGAUGCUACCACAACAUUGAGGAUGAAGCUUCAGAAAGGUUGAAACAUAGCCAUAAUAAGAUGCUGGAAAUGAUUGAAAUCCUAAGGGAGAGACUUCAAAUUGGAGCAGAUGAUCCUACUUUAGCCAAGGAGGCCAUAGAACUACGCAAUAGGUUGGCGGUGUUGAAAGAACAAAAUGCCCGUCUUGAGAAAGAACGUCAGAAACUACUAUUAAACUCCUUGCCUCCGAAGAGCCAAACAACGACCUGGGAUACUGCAGCUCCUGGUUUCUGCAGAGAACCCUCUGCACUGAUCUCAACAUCGGAUUGUCAUACAAGUAUUGAGCAACAGUUACAGCAGCAGCAGCAGUGGCAGCAGACAACGAAUAGAACAACGACUGGAGAUGAUGAGCCACAAGAAGGCCCCACCCUCUGUGCUGAGUCCACUCGAUCCCCUGACGCAACCCUGACGCAACCCUUGCAGGAGCAGGAGGCCCCCAGUAAAAGUAGGAAGAAGAGGAGUGGGGCGCAGAGAAGAAAGAUUAGGAAGCAAAGGGAAAGAGAAAUGGCUGCAAUUUCCCUAUCCUGUACCAAGGAGACGACGUACUGAGACGUGCUCCUCCGGGACAGGGAGAACAUUAAUAUAAAGGACCUGAUGAUCGACAACAUGUUGUGCAGAAGAGACCUCACGGGUGCAGAUACGAGAUAAAGGGGCAAUUGACAAGAUCGACCGGGUGGCGUAGGCCUUGAGAAAUGCCGUCUCAGAAGCAAGAAUUACAUGCUCUCUGCGCAUGAUGCAAGGCGAAUGCUGGCCUGGCUUACCAAGAAGGAGUACUGGGCGAAUAUGUACUAUGUUUAUGCGCGAUACCGCCCACCCCCUUUCUCCUCAACGAGUUAGUAUUAAGCAUCGGGAGGUUUUUUAGUCGAUAGGCGAUCCAAAUCUGAAAGUAUGUUCAGGCGGGUUGAAUCCAACACCCCCUGAGUACCGGGCUCAGGGGGCCUAUGAAGGUUUUUCCUCCUGACGAAGCCAAAAAAAAAAGGUCCCUCAAUAAUGUAUUUGUUCGUCUGUCCAUCAAUUUAAUGAAAUAUUCGACAAUAUCGGAGAAUCUUCAAAAGUCUUAAAAAUUAUGAAUUGAGCUAGAAUUAUCGAAAAGAUAUAGGUUAACUAUUAUUUUUCAAGUUAAAUUAGUCGAUAAAAGAGAGACGGUAGAAUUACCGGUCGAUUUAAAAUUAUUGGUAAAUUUUUAUCUUCAAAGAAGUAUAAUUUCUCGUAUGAUUUUCUUUAAACAUUUUUAUGAUGUAUUAUUAUUUUUAUUGCAUACAAAAAUUUUCUAGCACACAUUAAAAAUCGAUUGUUAUGCUAUACGUGAAAAGAGAUAUAACCUAUAGAAGCUUAUGUAUCGAUGCGAUAUUAAUAUCGAUACAUAACAGUAUCGUAUUUUCAUAUUGCAUUUGUAGUUUAUAUUUUGCAUAUAGAUAUUAUAUGCUUGUGGCGUUUCUAAAUCGAGUCGCCAGAGGGUAUGAUAGUCGCACCAGAAGGAAACUGGCAAGCCAAUCAGAAAACAGAACAACGAUAGCGCAUGCUAUUGGCCUGAAUUUUCAAUAUAGACAAUUUAGUUAAAAACGAAUUGUCAGUGUGGAUAGUCGCUUUUAAAUAAACCGAUAAAGAGAAUAAUAUAUUCAUGAAUUUUCAUGGCAUUCUUUCGGGAACUUUAAAAAUAAGGGAAAAUAAAUGUGUCAAUGAUCUCAAUCAACAUUGGCAGUUAUACGCUACGAGUGAAAGGUUAAUAAACUUCACGUGGUGUGAUUUAAUGAUCGAUAUUACGAUCGUUCUUAUUUCAUAAUAAAAUUUCGUGUAUGAUUGUAAACAACGUAAGUACUCUAUCAUCGAGUUUAAUGUUUACUUUUAAUAAGACAUUUUGUCAAUACUAAAUAAUCCCAAUUACGUUUGAGUAUCAAGAAUGAAAUAUUACUUUAUAAUAAAUCGUGAUAUAGUAGAAUAAAGAGAAAAAUUGGUUUAAUGUU